AUUAGCACGGGUAAUAGUCGUUAUUUCUUUAAGACGGAGGAGCAAUUUCCACAUAAUCCUAUAUGCACCGAGAUGUAAGAUGCAGAUGGAGUUGGGCUGCAUUUAGUAGGUGAACAGUGAUUACUAGUUAUGGACGCGUUUGCGGAGUAGCAUUUCCAAACUGCCUCUAGACUUCUCUUAUGAAUUCAAUGAAGUUGAAGAAUUAAAGUCAAAAUGAGUAUCGAUCCUGAAAGGAAAAGUACUGAAUCCAAUAAUCCAGUCCGCAAUUUAUCUAUAAGUGAAUUCUAUAAGGAUGCCGUAGUUUUUAUAACGGGCGCCACGGGAUUUCUAGGAAAAGUCCUUAUUGAAAAACUCUUGCGAACUUGUUCAGAUAUCAAAGCUAUUUACAUUCAUAUUCGCCCUAAGAGAGGCGUAUCCAGUGAUUUUCGUUACAAAGAUUUCCUAAAACAUGACAUCUUUAAUAACGUCAGAUUAAAAAACCCGGUUCUGUUGGAAAAGAUUGUAUGCGUCGCUGGCGAUGUUACACAGUCAAAAUUGGGUCUCAGUGAUGCAGACUAUGAAAUGGUGCUAAAUGAUGUUACGAUCGUUAUUCAUAGUGCCGCUACUGUGAAAUUUAAUGAGCCGUUAAAGAAUGCCGGAAAUCUUAACGCCCAUGGCACGAAACGAUUGAUGGAAAUGUGCAUGAAAAUGCGAAAACUUAAGAGCUUUGUUCAUGUCUCAACAGCAUUUUCCAAUCCAGGCCGCAAUUAUGUUGAGGAAAUAGUUUACCCCUCGUGUUCUCCUCUUGACAAGGACUCUUUCAUGAAUUGCAUUGAAAUUUUGCCAGCUGAGGUCCUUGAUUCUAUUUUUGAUAUCAUAAAGGGACCACAUCCUAAUACCUACACUCUGACCAAAUCAAUAGCUGAACUUAUCGUAUCUGAGUACAGUCAAAGAUUUCCUGUUGCGAUCGUGCGACCAUCUAUAAUAACAGGGUCAUUGGCUGAGCCUUAUCCAGGUUGGGUGGAUAACACUCAGGCAAUUACAGGCAUCAUCAUGGAAAUCGGCCGCGGUACCAUAAAAAGUAUUGAAGGGGAUAGAGACCUUGUGUGCGACAUAAUUCCUGUGGACAUUGUGGCUAAUACCCUCAUCGGAGCUGCUUGGAGAGGAUAUGUUUAUAACAGUCAAAGUGCACAAGUUUAUAAUUGCACAUCCGGACAACUGCGCCCAAUCUUUUGGAAGGAGUUAGGCUUCUAUACUCAGAAAUGGUCUAGAAAAUUUCCAUCAAAAUAUUUGAUGCUCUAUCCGCACUUCGACUUCAGAACAAAUCGGUUAAUGCAUAGAUUCUAUGAAACGUUUUUCCAUUUGCUUCCUGCUUAUGUUUUUGAUAUCAUACUGAAAUGGCAAGGUUCGAAGCCAAUCAUGAUGAAAAUUGCUAAGAAACUGCAAAUAUCUUGUGAUCUUGGGACAUUCUUCGUGUUGAAUCAGUGGAUUUUCGAAAAUAGAAAUCAAAAACAACUCGUAGCAGAAAUAAAAGCUGACAAGUUAGGAGAUGAAUUUUCUUGUGAUAUAUCUCAAUUGGACUAUGAUGAGUACAUCAAAAACUUCGUAGUUGGUAUUCGGAAAUAUGUCCUUAAAGACAAUGAUGAAAGCCUCCCAAAAGCUAAACGAAAACUUUUGAUCUUGUUCUGGGUACGGACACUUUUCUAUUGGGGAUUGAUCCCGCUUUUAAUUUAUUUCUUCGGAAAAAUUUUCAAGUUGUUGGUAUUCCCAGUUUAGCAAAAAUCCAAGUGAAUAUGUUAAGCUUAUUGGUCCGUGGUGUUGUACUAAAUCUAAACUAUCAAAACUACAAAUAAAAAUUAUAAAUGAAUA